AGGCCCCCACCCUGCCCUGGCCGCCGUCUGAUAACGCCAGCAGGGGAGCGACUCGGCUGCUGAGAACACACUUCAGCAACUGCUGGAAUUAUAACCUCAUCGUCUAGUUUUUAUUUUAGUUUUUUACUUUUGAAAGGGGACACAAAAUGGUUGAUUGAGGCACAUCUGUGUGCCUCGUCUCCAUUUGGACGCGUAGUUUUGUUUAAUCCAACGAGCCACAAUGUUGUCAAAGAAGGAGAAACAACUCAUACGUGAAAUAUGGGAAAGACUGACUCCAGUGGCUGAAGACAUUGGAGCAGAUGCUCUCCUUAGGAUGUUUGCUUCAUAUCCAGGCACUAAGACAUAUUUCUCUCAUCUGGACAUCGGUCCUGGCUCCGCCCACCUAUCCUCCCACGGGAAGAAGAUCGUCCUGGCCAUCGCAGAGGGAGCCAAAGACAUCAGCCAGCUGACCGUCACCCUGGCUCCCCUGCAGACUCUGCACGCCUACCAGCUCCGAAUAGAUCCCACCAACUUCAAGCUGCUCUCAUACUGUCUGCUUGUCACCCUGGCUUGCUACAUGGGCGAAGGAUUCACGCCGGAGGCCCACGCCGCCAUAGACAAAUUCCUGUCGGCUUUUUCGGCUGUCCUCGCCGAAAAAUACAGAUGAGAUUCCCUCAUUUCUGGAUAGCUCAAAGCUUUUAUGUAAAACUAUGUGUCCUUAUGUUCAAACGUUCUGCCAUGUUUACAUUGUGUUGCCUACCACAGUUUUGCUCUUGUUUUUAAAUUGUAAGCUCCAGACUCUGUCAAAAUAUGUUAUUUUUUGUAUAAAUUGUUAUCUGUUUUCAAUCUCUAAUAAACAACCGUUCUGAAAAAUCUUUA